AUCUCGACAACAAAAUACUCUUCAGAACUGGAAGUAAGGUCGCAUGUGAGCUGUUGAAAGACAUAUCCUGGAAAAGAAUUGCUAGUUGACUGAACAUUCCAGUUCCUUUUUAACUCACAUUUAUGUAUUUAUCUUCUCUUUCUAUGUGUUUUGUGUUGUGAUAUUUUAAAACAAAAUGAGUUCAAGUGACGUCCUAGUAAAUUGUGAGCAAUUAGAAGUAAAAUUAAAAAAGAAAACAGAGGAAAAAAGGGCAGUUGAUGAAUGUAAUGAUAAAGCUCCUGUACCAAAGAAUCAAGGUGGAAAAGUUAAACUAGCAAAGGACAAAGUUGUAGAAGAAAAACCUGGCAUCAAAAGUAAAGAUAUCUUGCAUGUUUAUGACAAGGAAACACUAUUGGAAUUAAGAUCUGCUGCAAUUUCAUUAGAGAAGCCAGAUUGUUUAAGUGAAGAAUUUUUUAACAAAGAUGGUGUGUGGGAUCCUGAAGCAUGGCACAAAUCCAACAUGUCAAGGUCAGCUUCUCCUGCUGUAGACGGAAAAACUGUACUGGUUGAAGGGAAAAAAUUGGAGCUUGUGGAUGAUGAUAUAGAACUUGCACCAAGAAGGCGAAGUUUCCGACAAGGCUGCCAAGUGCAAAGCUCUGGGGAAGUUGAAAAGGCAGAAAAGACCACCAACAGAGUUGUUUUUGAAAGAAAAAAUCGUUUGACAGGAAGAGCUGCUUCUCAAAGAAGGUCAGUUGAAAACUCCUACAAUGAAAAGUCUCAUGAAUCUGAGAAAUCAAGGCGGGAUAAGCAUUAUGAUGAAGAAAAACCUCGUUAUUCAAGAUAUGCUGAUAAGGAAAGUCGACACCCAGGCAGAGAUAAUGAUCGAUUCUUUGAACGGGAGCGGUUUGACAAAUACAAUGAUCAGAGGAGUGACCCGCGCAAUGAAAAAUCUAAAUCAAACAAGAAUGAAAAGCCUUCUGUGAAUAACUCCAAAAAUUCAAAAUCAGGGUAUGAAGAAAAAUUGCCAGAAUGGAUGACAGAUGGUCCUACAAGCCAGUUGGACAUCAUGGAGUUUACUGGAUUCCAAGAUAUUGAGGAAGAGAAAAAAGCGUAUGCCAAGCGCAGAAAGAAAGUGCGCAUCAGUCCAGAUGUGGAUAAACAAAAUGAAGCAAAAGCAAACUCAUCAAAUCAAAAGAAGGGAUCCAAAUCUGUGACCAAUGAGCAAAAGGAUUCUGAGAAAUCUUCAGACAAAAAUUUUGAUCUUAAUGAUUUUUUCAAUGAAGUUGACUAUUACCCACCUCAUUUGUUUCAUGAAGACCUUGUUAAGGGUGAUGGUGUUAAAAGUCGAUUCUCGCAAUGGUUUUCUGCUAAGAGAAGUCGAAGUAAUAGUUGUAACAGUGGUGGCUCAAGACCUGGCAGUGCACAGUUAGUCCCAGAGGAGGUCUUUUCAGGAGUUUCACCGAAAAGUCCUGUCAUACCAACACCUUACUUCACUCCGAUUCAACCAGCCCCGGCUCUAGUGAAUGCUGCAGCAAAUGCACAUGCUGUUCAGACGUCUAAUAUUUUAAAUAUUAUUCAAGAACAGCGGCACCAAAAUAUAACUGAAACUAAAAAGACUAACAGAGAAGUAAAGGGUCGUAUGACAGUUGAAGACCUCGAAGAAAUGACGAACAAGUUAAAAGUAGAAGAAAAUCCUGAUGCUUCCAAGAGUGCUUUUGAUAUGCUUGUCAUGUCUAUGAAGGAAGCUGGAGAACUUCCAGAUAAACCUGCUCCUGUCGUAAGUAAUUCCACCGUUACUGGACUUCCUGAGCAUUUAUUGCCUCAACCUCCCAAAAGGACGUCACCUACAUUUGAAAAAUUAAAACGCAUUUUAAGCCGGUCUCCAUCCCCUGUGCAAAUGAUGAAUGCCAUUUCAACAGUUGCAUCAAUCAUUUCAAGUAAUCCAAACAUAGAUAAUGAAUUAUCCCGUCUCUCUCAAAGAAAAUCAUUGACUCCAAGUCCUGUGCCAAUGUCAACUUUUUUUGAUCAAAACUCGGAUAACGUUAAUACAUCUGCUAACAUGCCUGCAGCAACUCCUGAUGCAGACAAAUCAUCUACCCUAAAUCAGGGCAGCGCUCCACCGAAGCGAAUGUCUACUGCUUUUACUCCAACUUCUGUUCUGAAGAAGAUUUACAAUGAAAAACAGAGAGAAAGUCCCAUUCCAUACCAACAAGAUGUUUCGUUUAGCGAGAGUAAUAAAAAUACAACCUACGAAGAAAUUUUUACCCAAUCUGUACAUUCUCAACAAACAAAGUUAAGUAAAAUGCCUAAGGAUGCUGCGCCAACCACACCCGAACGAUCAGUUAGCGGGGUUGUGCAUGGUUUCAAUGAAAGUAUGUUCCACAGUGCGCCUACUACGCCAAAGCAACAUUUAAAUUUAAUGCUUAGUUCACCCGGACAGAAUCAUAGCCAAAGUGUUCCUAACACUCCAGAUCACUACCACCAAGCAGAGCCACCAUCGCUUCACAGAGUUAUUCAACCUCCAGGAAUGACUUCCAAAAAUCAUUCAGAACAAAAUGGGUCUGCAUUUACUCCUACAAAGCCUACUCUGUUGGCACCGUCAGACUUUCAAGGUCCUAUACAGGACAGGACUAAAGGAGAUGUUGGUGUUAUUGGUUCAGGUAUUCCUAAACCACAGAAUGACUUCGAUACGAGAACAAACUUUCGGGAAACUCGUGGUGUUGCAGACCCUAGGCUGGCCCCGGGUAACGGUGCAACUCGAAGUGGACGAUCCUUCAUUGCAACACCAAACGACCCUUCUCUUGCCCCUGGUAACCCAUUACGACCACUGAUUCAGUCUACUCCAAUGCCACCGCAACAACACAUGCAUCAAUCACAACAGCGGCAGCUACUUCAGUCGCAGAUACAACAGAAACAACUUAUUCAACAGCAGAAACUACGGCAAAUAGCUCAGCAAGCAAACCAGCAGAAGUUGCUGUUGCAACAGAGCAAACAAAACAAGAUGCUACCUAAUGCGUCAGCAGUUAGACCGUUGCUUCCCGAUCCUGAUGGCUCUGGGAAGUUUCCAAGGUCGACGGCAGAACACAACGCAUCACAGCAACAACAGCAACAGCAGAUACUUGCUUAUCAACAGCAGCACCAACAACAACUUAUGGCACAACAGCAGCAGACCCGUAUGCAAGGGCAGUUUCCUAAUACAAAUUUUCGGGGUCGUCAAUUUCAACCUCCUCACACUGCACGCAAUUCUCUGCCUAUACCUAUGCCCAUGCAACAGCCUGGUAUGACGCCUCUACACAACAUGAACCAACCGAGAGGGAUGCCAAACUUUGCCGCACAAGCUCUUGCUCAACAGCAACUGCUUCAACAAGCACGUGCAAGAUUUAUUGCGCAAGCUCAGUUGAUGCAGCAACCGCAGGUUGUCCAGGCUGCUCUGAUGGCUCAAGCUGCUCUUGCUCGGGGACAAGCUCAAGCACAAGCUGCGAUGAUGCUGCAUCCAAGAAAUUUACAAGCCAUGGCUGAGCAAAUGGGCAUCCGCCCGCCUUUUAAUAAGGCAAUUCCAACUCCGAUGGUACCACAGUCUUCUGUCCAACAGGGCAAUACUACAGGUAACGUAAAUCCUUCAGGUGAUGAAACCCUAUCGAAAUGGUUUAGUCCUGAUGUUCUUCAACAUAUUCCUCAAAACAAGUCGUCCUCUGAUGCCCCUGGUGGGAAAAUAAUGUCCGUGGAGGAGCUCGAAAAGACUCAACGAAGUUUCUAAACUUGCUCAAUUUUUGUACUUAUUUAUUUAGUUCCAAGCGUUUUUUCAUCUUCGUCCCCAUGGUCUUUUGCUUUUAUAAACACGACUUUUGGCAAUAGACCCGGGGGACAAGGACGGUUUUGUCUGUUUUUUGUUCUGCAUUGCGUUUUUAAAGAAAAAAGUUAAUAUUUCCUUGUCUGCCAUGUUUGUUAAACAUAUAUAUAUAUAAAAAAAGUUAUUUUAAUGUUUGUUUUUAACUUGUACGUUUUAGUACCUUGUGUGUCAUUUGUGGAGUAAGCUAACCAGUGUAUUUUUUUUAUUGACAGCACUUAUGACUGUGUUUAUUAUUUGUAUGUAAUUGUUAUAUAUUUAUACGUGCGUUUGUAUUUUUCCCGUGUAUCGUGGUUAAAAAACUAAAUUAUGUCUUUGUUUGUUUGUCUAUCUGUUCUUGUUUAUGUUUGCUAGUUUUUUCGUUUGUUUGUUUGUUUAUUUCUGGAUAUCCUGUUUUGUUUUGUGAAAGUUUUCAGUGAAUGGUCGUAUUUUUGUAUUUGUAUGUUAACAGGAUAUGAAUAGUUGUAUAGUGCGAAACAUAUUGGAUUGUGUAUUGUUGAGCAUCGUUCUUUUAAAUUCACGUUUUUUUUUUGUAUUUAUGUUUUGCUUGUGAAGGUUCGUUCAAACAUUUUCUAUUGUUGCGUUUCUUUUUGUCGGAAGCUUUUUCGGGCGAAACGAAAAAUCUGGGAUAAUCGAGUAUAUCGUCCGUUUUGCGUGAGAUUCGAGUAAAGAAUUUGUAACUUUUCAAUUUGUUGCGUUACUCUUCAUGAAAUUCGAUUUGUCCGUCUGUGACGUACGAUUGACUUUUUUCUGUGUACUAAUGACAGUUCUCUGUGGAGAUGCUGACCCAGAGAAUAGUAUUGAGAUUAUUAUUAUUGUUUUUUUUCUUCAUUUUUUUUUUUUUGAAGAUUCUCACGAUGUUUAUAAUUAUUCGGGUUGUAUCUAUUGAAGAAAAGGAUGAUACAGAACAAACUGUUCAUAAAACUU